UUUAAAACAUCGAUGCAUCGAUGUUUUCAUCGAUGUUUCUCCACCUCUAGUGGAAAAGUCGGACGCACUGCUGCGCGUCUCUGCGCGAGAAUAUUCUAAGACUUAAUUGAGCCCCAAAUAAUUAUUUUAACUCAAAAAAUAUUAAAAAAGGAGGCCACUAACGCAUAGAUACAGAAAAAGUAUUGAUUUUCGUCCAAGAUGGCGGACGACGAGCAAUUCAGUUUGUGCUGGAACAAUUUCAACACAAAUCUGUCGGCUGGGUUCCACGAGUCGCUAUGUCGCGGCGAUUUGGUGGACGUUUCCCUUGCGGCGGAGGGGCAGAUCGUGAAGGCCCACCGAUUGGUUCUAUCGGUGUGCUCGCCCUUCUUCCGCAAAAUGUUCACCCAAAUGCCCUCCAACACCCAUGCCAUCGUAUUUUUGAAUAACGUUAGCCAUUCGGCUCUGAAGGACCUGAUCCAGUUUAUGUAUUGCGGGGAGGUGAAUGUGAAGCAGGAUGCCCUACCCGCGUUUAUCAGCACCGCGGAAUCGCUGCAAAUCAAGGGGUUAACGGAUAAUGAUCCUGCGCCGCAGCCACCGCACGAGCCCAGCCCCCCGCCAGCCGCACCCCAUGUACAACAGCAGCAAGUGGCUGCUCAGCGCGUACAGCGCCAGCAGCCGCGUCCUGCCGCCCGCUACAAGAUUGAGACCGUGGACGAGGGAUUGGGCGACGAGAAGGGCACCACCCAGAUUGUCAUCCAGACCACGUCAGCACCACAAGCCACCAUUGUACAACAGCAACCGCAGCAGCAGCCGACCCAAAUCCAGACGCAGCAGCUGCAGACAGGAACCACGACAACGGCCACCCUGGUGACGACCAACAAACGCUCCGCCCAGCGCUCUAAUUUGGCCCAGAGCAGUAGCGCCGGUGUCAAGCGUACGAAAACGGCUAACGUAAUGGACCCACUGGAAUCGGAAACUGGAACAACGGCUACCACCACAACGCAGCAAAUAGUGCCGCAGCAAAUCACCGUUCAGACCACUGUUGUAUCCGCGGCGGAAAAGCUACCUCAGUCGCAGGUACGCCAGCAGCAGCAACAACAGGAGGAAGCUGAAUACAUUGAUCUCCCCAUGGAAAUAAACACGAAAUCUGAACCGGACUACACUGAGGACCACGGUGAUGCUGCAGGCGAUGCGGAAGGCCCUUACGUUGAAGACGACGCCUACGGCGAUAUGCGCUAUGACGACAGCUACUUCACCGAGAACGAGGAUGCGGGCAACCAGGCGGCGAACACCAGUGGCGGUGCCGUCUCUGCCACCACAUCCAAGGCUGUAGUCAAGCAGCAAAGCUACAGCGAUUCUUCGUUCGUCGAGGGUGGCGCGGAUCAGAGCACUACAGAGGCUCAAGGUGUUAUUCAAUCCCUGAAAGCUCUCUUCGAGGACAAGACCGCCAGCUAUAAUGUGCAAUACACCACCACCCAGCGAGGAAGAGUGAUGCUCAUCUAUGCCGGAUAUCGCGGAGAUCAAGAUGGAGUCGCCUCCCGCAGACGAUAAAGUGGCGAUUUCGGCAGUCACUUCUCUUAGUGACGAUGAAUCCUUUAGAAAACCAUAUACCCUGCCAAAGAUUCUUGACGGUAAGUUCUACAAGGAUAUUCAGCCGAAUCUAAAGACUCCAGGCGCCAUCCAGGCCAUCUGUACGAGUUGCUGCGUUCUGAUUUCGGGUACGACCAAGUCCACGGGAAACUUCCUCAGCCACAUAAAGAGGCGUCACAAGGAACUGUUGCCUUUGUGCCAGCUCUAUUGCCAGGCCAAGACGAAUGGCACUGUUGCCGCCACAAAGAACCCCUUACCUGUCAUCUCAACUUCAGCGGCAGCUUCUGGGACGGAUCCAGUCCAGGAAACCGUCACUUCUGUGGCUCCUGUAGUCACAUAUCCACCUGCUCCUGCGACUCAUUUGGCCAUGCCGAUGACUGUGCCUGUUCCGGUCCCGUUCCGCACGAUGUCCUUGGCGAUGCCAUUAUCCCUGCCCAAUGUAAAAACACCGCAAAUGAUGGCAUUGAUGCAGCAGUACCAGACCCACGACUCGAUGUUCAUAAAAAAGGAGUAGCUUUUAGAGGACCUACACAAUGGUGAUGCCUACGAAACAAGCUGGAAAUUCCUUGUAUUUUAAAGUAAUUGACAAAAAAUCGAUAUCAGUUUAAAGAGUGAGGUUCAAUUACUUUUUGAAAAUCCAGCUUGAACCUGAACCUAAGCUAAGUGCAAAUUUUUAUAUGCCCUUUUAGAUUUAAAUAUUGUAAAAUUAUAAAUAAAUGAUAACUGAA